AUGAACGGACACGCUGCUUCGAAAGUGUCCCUUUCACACGAGGAGGGAAUGGGGCUCCUAGACGAGAAGACCAUGUCAGAUGUCGAGAGCGAAAGCGGUAGAGCCGACCUUGAAGUCCGCUUCGGUUUACCACGAUGGUCCACAGUCGCUCGGAAUGUCGUUGGCUACGCGCGGGCGGUACCAUGGAGGGUCACACUGAUUCGCGGCGCCAUCUUUCUGCUUCCUAGUUUCGUCCAGAGUCGCUUCACGAGAGAACGAACACGCCCCGAGAAGCUAUUCCCGACAUCCUACCUCGACGGCAUGCGUGGCCUUGCCGCGUUAUUCGUUUUCUUUUGUCACUACUUCUACCAGGCUUUCAUCAUCGCCGAGGGCUGGGGUUCGUCUGAGAAGAACUAUCACAUUCUCAAGCUACCAUUCUUCCGACUCUUCUACCAGGGCCCGCCUGCCGUCUGCCUGUUCUUCGUCAUCUCAGGAUACGCCCUCUCGCUGAAGCCGAUCAAGCUCAUUCGAAGCCGCAGCUGGGAUGAAUUCUCCGCAACCACGACGUCUCUGAUCUUUCGACGAUUUAUCAGACUGUACUUGCCCACGGCAAUUUCAACCUUUGGCAUCAUGCUCAUGUUGCAGAUGGGCAUCUACGAGCGUACUAGAGACUUUGCCAUUGACCGAAAGUGGCACAAGAACGUGAUGGAGCCUCACCCCAAGCCGUUGGACUCGUUCUAUGAGCAGUUCACGGAUUGGGUAUGGAGCAUGUUCAACUUUGUCCACGUCUUCAGCUGGGAGCGAUUUGGUGGAAGCACAUCCUACGAUGUCCAUCUCUGGACCAUCCCCGUUGAAUUCCGCUGCUCAAUGUAUCUCUUUAUCACUCUCAUCGGUCUGGCCCGUGUAAGAACAGGACUUCGCUUCCUUUUCCUGUGGGGCAUCAUCGCCUUCACCUACCGCAAUAACCGCUGGGAACUGCUCCUUUUCUAUUUUGGAAUGAUGCUCGCCGAGUACGACCUCAUCCAGGGCAACCACAACAACAACCAGCCGCCUCCUGCUCUGCCAUUGAACGAGGCGCCCCCGCGCAGGAGCUGGUUCAAAGGCUUUUGCUGGGCGAUGCUCAGCAUCCUCGCUCUUUACUUCAUGUGCCAGCCUGAUAUCAACUACGAAAUCACCCCUGGCUGGGUCUGGCUUUGCUCUUUUAUUCCCAAGUGGUGGGAGGAGGAAGGAUACCGCUUCUGGCAGUCCAUCGGGUCCGUCCUGUUCGUUCUGUCCGUCGGCCACUCCCCGAGAUGGAAGGCCUUCUUCAACAUGGCUCCCAUCCAGUACUUUGGCAAAAUCAGCUACGCCCUCUACCUUAUGCACGGCCCGGUGAUGCACACCGUCGGCUACACCAUUGAGAAGUUCGUCUACAGCUACACGGGCGACGAGGGCUGGUGGUACAACACGGGCUUCGUGAUUGGGUCCUUGGGGUGCAUCCCCGCCGUUAUCUGGGCUGCCGACAUUUUCUGGAGACUGUUUGAUAUCCCAACUGUGCGACUAGCGAAGUGGUUUGAGACAAAGUGCUCCAUCAAGCAACAGUAA